UUUUUCAUCAAACCGGGUUUGAAAUGGAAAUCGAGUGAAAAUAAAAGAACAAAGUCCAAACCGAACCAAAAUUAAAGUCCAAACCAAAAUUGUUCGCAUCAAGAUGAGUCAAGGGAAUCCAAUAAGUCGAACCGGUUUGUUGGUCAGUCCGCGAAAAGUGCGAAAAUCACGAACAAAAUCCCGUUAUCUUUUAGAUUUGAAUUUGACGCAAUGUGCGAAAUCGAUUCAAUAUUCCCUGCGACCAUUUGCCGGUCUAUUCAAUCCGUAUUCGCAAAACUGUUCAAUUUUGUGCAAUCAUCCAGGUCCGAAUGAGAUAAAAAAUGUGGUGAAACAGGUGAAAGAGCGUGAAGGUAAAGGUAACAUGAGUCCAAGUCAUGAGAAUUGUAUGUAUACGUGUAGCGAUGAUGUGAGCUGUGAAUUGGUCAACAUCACAUCAAGUGUUGAUCCGCAAAAACUGCCCGAGGAUUAUUUCCACUAUGCCGAUUCUGAUUCACGUCCACUAACCCCGACCCCAACCAUAAUCAGCAAUCGAACGCGUGUCAGUCAAAAUUCGUAUUUAUUUCAUCGACGGCGAUGUCACACUCCCGACCCAGUCAACACGUGUGCCAACGAACGUAAACAACUGGUGUUGGAUUUACGCCGAAGUCACAGUCAGGAGACAAUCUAUUGUAAUGCAUCGUCGGAGAUAUCAAUCACAGCCGAUUCGGUGGCUUUGACCUCAAAAACAUUGGUGAAAAUUCCCGAUCCACCGAAAAAUAUGCGUCUUUGCGAACAAGAAGCACGCAGAAAAUCGGCCGAACGAAAAGCGUUGCAAAUACCGAUAGAAGAGCCGGUACCAAGUAACGUGGUGUGCAUAAAUGACCGUGCCGAUGUCGAAGAGGAGGUGGAUGGCACUCGACGACGCGGCAAGAAGAAGAAAAAACAAAAGGACGGGAAUACGUUCCGAAUGAAUCAAGAGCCCGAAACUCAAAUCAUGACCAUUGGCCCAGAUUCACCGAAUGCCAGCGCACGUCCAUCAAUGGCCAAUAAAGAGGCCAUGGCCAAAGGAUCGACACACGAUUCAACGGCUGAACGGAGCCGCGACAGCCAGUAUCUUCGUUCUAAUUUUAUCACCGAAGACGCACUGAAAAUUCUACGCCGUGGACUUGAUGUUGACAUUGUCGAAAGUGCAUUUGAGAAAUUCAUGAACACCGCUUUAAAAGAGGCGCUUCAAACGAUACCCAAGGAUCAGUUUAACACGUGCAGUGCUGCGUUGCAAGAGUUCAAACAAUCGUUUGGCGUAGAAAGUGGCGUGAACAAUGACAAAUGGCUGAUAAUGCCGCGUAAAUUUCUACGAUCAGCCGCUCGAUUCAGUCUGCCCGUUAAUACGCAAAAGUUGGCCACGUUGACCGUGUUCGAGUAUUUGAGUCAAUACGUUUGGAUUUCGAAUCAUCGAAAGCAUCUGUAUCGGUUCGUUUUCAAUAAGUAUGUGUGCGAUGUGACUGAUGACCAGGAUAUUGACAAUGACAAUGACAAUGACAAUGAAGAUGAAGAUGAACACGAACUCGAACGCGAUACACCGAGCCGAGCCACGGAAAAAUCAAUUCAGGCUUAUGUAUUCAAAGAAUGUGUUAUGCCAUUCAAUGAACUAACCAAUGGUUUUACAAAUGUUCUCGGAUAUUGCGGCCCAGUCGAGCAAAUGGCAGGCAAAAUUGAACAAAUCAUUAAGUUGACCAAUGUCAAUGAAAACGAUCAUCCAUUUGUCAACUUUCGCAGCUGGUGCGGAUUAGUCGCUUUUGCCGAACGUUUCUUGAAUAACUUACCCUUUGAUGAGGAUCCAUGCGAUGAGGUAAGUUUGCGAGAUUCUAGACACGAGAUGCUAGAGGUUGUAGUUCAAAGCGGCUAAAUUGGCUGAAUAAG